ACCGCGAUUUAAAACAUGCAUUGCGUGUUUUGAAGCGUGGGCGCGAGUGAUUUGUAAUAACAGUGAGGGUCUCAGAGCAACGCUAUUAUUAAAAGGCUCGAUCGCUCUGCAUUAUUAAUGAGAAGAAACUUGCUAACUUCACUGCGCUGUAUUCUGUGUAAGAUUGCAUAAACCGUAAAAUUCAAUGUUAUGAAAAUUGUUUCAGGUAGGCUAUGUUCAUUCAUUUCUAUCGUCUGUUUGAACUCGGCACUGUUUUCGUUCCUUCAUAUGCAUUUGGCUACCUACCAAUAAGGAAACGGUCUGUAAAAAACAUUUCACAUGUACGGGGACAAUGGGGCACAAACGCAGGGUUAAUUGUAACACUACAAGAUUUAAACAUUUCCACAUACCAAAAUUUACAAAAUUUUGAAUUAUUUCCUUGCCAUUUCAUCUCGAUAUAGAGAAAAAAUGUGCCAAAGUUCAACAUUUUUUUAAAGAUAUUGCUGAACAUUUAUUUAACCAUUGCAAAAGUAAAUUUCUGACUGAUGUAAAUUUGUCAUCUCGGUUUUUAGUGUUUAUUUAAAAUGAGACAUCUGUUUAUUAAUUAUUUCACAAUUAUUUUAAUCUCUAAACUGUUUUAAAUAGUUCUGCUUCGCUUCUUAUGCUUUGCUAAAAACGUGUUGGGUUGUGCUCCUCUCUCCCCUACACACGGAAGGAUCGCGAAUGCAUUUUCUGCACUGAACCCAGCGAUGAGUUUAACAACACUUGCAGUGCAGAUUACAGUUCACCGGAGUGAGUGUGUCGAGCUUUUAUGGACAUGUUUCAUAUUUUAACAUCUGUAAACAAAGAAAUUAAAACUUAAAUAUUAGUAGGGAAAUUUUACAGUUGUACUAUAAAAUAAAAUGGUUAUUUUUCUUAAAUACUUAAUUUCUGCCAUAUAAAACUUUUAAUUAAGAUUAAGCUUAAAGUAAUGUCAAUAGUUUUUUUUGAUCUCAAAUAGUUUGGUGGGUCAUGAAAUAGAUUAAACUUGUCUAGGUGGGCCGCGGAAUGGAAAAGUUUGGGAACCCCUGCUGUAGAGGGAUCAUGACCUUGGUGUUUUAUAAAGGCUACCACCAUCAUGUUGUCUGAACGGACAAGGAUGUGGUUCCCCUUAAGGCUGGCAGAAAGGUUUAUAGGUUGAGAAAAACUGCCAUCAUUUUAAGGCAGUUGAUAUGUAGGCUGAAUGCCGCUCUGCCCUCGCACAGUGCCCCCUUCCUUCUGGAGGACAAUCCCAAUCGAACGCCUGUCUGAUACAGAUGAGGGAAGUCACCUUGAGUGGGUCACUUUGAGGUGAUGCCAUCCCAGGUGUCAAGCAUGGGACGGUACACAGGCUUUGAGCCAAAAUUAAAGGGGCCGGAUGUAAAGCAGGGCCGGUGGAAUCAUUGAGUGCGCAGGGCCAGAGACAGUCCAAAAGGCAGGACUGUAUAUUGAUAAGCCACCACCUUUAACGGGAAUCUCAAGAAUGGUCUGUGAUGAGAUGCUGUCUGGAUGUGAAAGUAAGCAUCUUUCAGAUCCUAAGCCUGAAGCUUAUCUUCACCCAAAAUACAAUAAUGUGAAAGUGUGGGAUCUUCCUGGCAUUGGAACACCAAACUUCAAAGCCGAUGAGUAUCUUAAACUGGUUGAGUUUGAACGCUAUGAUUUUUUCAUCAUCAUCGCUUCAGAUCGGUUCAGAGAAUGCCACACUCAGCUGGCCAAAGAGAUCACGAGAAUGGGGAAAACGUUUUAUUUUGUUCGUUCCAAGAUUGACUCAGUCAUUGAUGCUGAGAAGAGGAAGAAGAGCUUUGACCAGAAAAUGACACUGGAUACCAUCCGAGAGGACUGUGAAAAUGGUCUGAGAAAGAUUGGUGUAGAGGAUCCUGUUGUGUUCCUGAUCUCUAACUUUGAGCUCGGCAAGUAUGAUUUAAAUCUGCUGCAGGAGAGGAUGGAGAAAGAGCUUCCACAACAUAAGAGACGUGUGCUGAUGCUGGCUUUGCCGAAUAUCACACUGGAGAUCAAUGAGAAAAAGAAGAAAGCUCUAGAGGAAAACAUUGGAAAAGUUGCCUUACUGUCUGCUUUGGUGGCUACAGUCCCUGUUCCUGGUCUUUCGGUUGCUGUGGAUAUAGCCAUUGUUAAAAGGGAGAUAGAAACAUACUACAGUACCUUUGGUCUAGAUGAUCCAUCCCUGCAGAAGAUCUGCGAAAGAUCUGGGAAGACCAUUGAGGAAUUCAAAAGUCUUAUGAAGUCACCACUGAGUGGUGGGAUAAACCCAGCUUCAAUAUUAUCCUUAGCGGGUGCUGCAUCCCUGUUUGUGGCUGAAAAUACAGUUGAGUACGUUGUGAGUCUCGUACCCCUACUUGGCAGUCUGGUGGCAGGAGGAAUGUCCUAUAUGACAGUCUCAACAAUGCUGAAGAGAGCUCUGAAUGAAAUAGCAGAAGAUGCCAGAAACGUGCUAAUGGCUUCAGUGCAGACUGAAGUGUAAACACAGAAUAUGACAUAGAAAUUACGUGUAUUCAAGUAGCAGCUGCUUUGAUUCAAACUUACAGCAAAUUUCUGUUAGUUCACUAAAUAUGAUCUUGCAUUUCUUUUUACUUGGUUCUUUUGUUUCAUUUCUUUAACUGAAAUUUACUUUCCCCUUGGAGAAAAAAAAUGCAGCAUCAUAAUCUCUGUUGCUACACUCAUGUUACAUGACAUUAAAAACAUUUAUCACUUUGG